CUCCCCCCACCACCCGCACCUUCUUAUUACACCACCGCCUCGACCUCAUCAUCUUCUCCAUCACUCUCAUAUCAUCAUUCAUCGGCGCCACUACGACAGAUGUCGCCCACCACCCCCACCACGUCUUCAACGAUGACUCGACCCCCGUCGGCAGCCAACAACAACAAUUACCCCCCACCUCUGUUGCCACUUCAGCCGCAACCGCAGUACAGGUUGCCUUACCAGCUUCCGGGCAUGGCUUUGGGGAUGGGACAGAUGACCCACCACCACCACCCUGGUUCGCUUCACCAUCCUCAACCGGAUAGACCUUUCAAGUGCGACCAAUGCCCGCAGAGCUUCAGCCGUAACCAUGAUCUGAAACGCCACAAACGCAUACAUCUGGCGGUGAAGCCUUUCCCCUGCGACAACUGUGAGAAGAGCUUUAGUCGUAAAGACGCUCUCAAGCGACAUCGUCUUGUCAAAGGUUGCGGCAAGGCCUCUGAUGCGAAACAAGCCGCUGCUCAGCAGCAGCAGAAGCAGGAACAACGAUCGCCGCCCUACGAUCAGCGGUCGCAGCAUCAGCAGCAGCAACAACAGCACCAGCCGCAGCUUCAACGUCAUCACCAGCUUCCACUACGACAGAGCGGCCUCCAUUCCUCCUCCCCUGUCCCCCACCACCUCGGGAAUUCGGUGAUCGUCAAGUCUGAGCGAUUAUAAGACCAUUGCCUCUACCAACCGCCCAUUUCGCUAUCAUCAUCAUUCCGACUUCUAUACAUGUAUUAUUCUGGGUUCUUUCCUUGCUUUUUGUGUUUG